CUACGUCACGGGUACGACAUGUGAUGAUGUCACCACGGCACAAUCAGCUAGGAUCACUUGCCGACUUGCCAGUGCCGUUUGUUCUGCGGAAGCUAGAAAAAAAAUUGCCGUAGUUGUGUUGAAUCUGCGUGUUGCAGUAGUAAUGUUUCAAGCGAUCUUCGGUCGCCGGACUAAUGAUGUGAGCCAGCCAUCACCAAUACAACUACAAAGGCAGCGUCAGAUCGCCUCCAUCAGGUCCUGUUGUCCCAAUAUUGUGGUUGUUGAAGCGGACAAGGAGUUUAGGAUUCCGUUUGUUGCUGAAGGAAAUUCCUUCAAUUUGGAAAUACACCUGCCGAGUUCCUUUCCUCACGAAUGCCCAGUUCUGAAAGUGACGCCGGCAGCUAUUCAUCCAAUGCUGGAUGAUCAGUACCACGUUACGGGCGUGCCAGCGCUCACUGCGUUUUCCAUGCAUACAGACCUUGGAAGAAUAAUACAAGGGAUUCUGAUGGAGUUCCAGAACCACCCACCUAAACUCAGUACUACUGCUAGGACCAAUGCCACAUUUUCAUUGCCACCACUGCUAACCGGACCCUCAGGUUUUGGAGAGCCAAAGAUCCCUUCUGCAACUUUGGGUUCCUGCUCAAGUCCUUUCAAGAGUUCUAUGUCACCUUGUCAGUUUCCGCAGCUCCACAAGCUAAGCAACUCCCAACUAGAAGAGCUUCUAAAAGAAGGCAGCAAGCUACAAGAGUUUGUUGAGCAGCUACCUGAGGUGUUGCGCUCCGAGGAAAUCAGACAGCUCAUGGUGACGCAAAAUGAACAGUUGGCACGACAGACGCUGGAACUCAAGCCUGCCAUGGAGCAACGCAAACAUCUUCUCUUACAAAAGGUAGAUGAGGUGAAUGUGCUGAAGGAAGAGUUUGAGCAGAACAGCCAGGUCCUGGAGGCCCAGAUGCAGGCCUUCCACCCGUCCACACUGCAGGACAACCUGCGUAUGGCCACACAGGCUGCAGAGGAGGAGGCCGACACCAUCGCCCAGCAGUUUCUCGACGGAAAACUAAGCACAGAUCUGUUCCUUUCGAAGUUCAUGGAAGUAAGAAUGUUGGGUCACGUUCGGCGAGUGAAGGAAGAGAAGCUGCACGCCCAGCUCCAAGAGCUGCAUAGGCACGGUUUCUGAUGAAGAUGCGAACAAAGAUGUCCACAUGCCUCGUCAGCUGACCUGGAUGUGCACUGUUAUCAUGCUGCACAUGUGACACUCAUCAGUGUACAUAUAUGUAGGCUCCUGGGAGCCUGUCCCUUUUUGCACUCAGUGGACGAGAAGAGCGGCCUUUUUUUAUAUCAAGCAAAUUAACUCGUGUACAUAUACUUAGACAAAUAAUACUUAUUUAUAAAUGCAAAGCAGCGGCUAAUGACAGAAGACGAUGCUGUGAAAUAUGAAGAGGAAGUGCCCCAGGUGUUUUACCUAGAGAAGUGAACCAUACAGCUCUUUCUUCUUUUUUUUUUUACAACUCUCUGGCAAACAAUAAAACAAAUGCUGUUUUGCA